UAGAAGUACAAGUAGAUCAACAUGACGAAACGAAACCGCUUCUCCGCAACAAGAAAAAGCGCACAAAAGCGGCUCAGAGUCGGGCGAUCGAGAAACGGAUUUUAGAUGCUCUGAACUCGGGCCACGAGAUCAUGGGAGGUCCUGAGGUCGGAGCAGACGAAGAAAUUCACGAGACUAUCCUAUGUAAAAACGUACCCACCCCAUAGUCAAGAUGGGGAAUCGGCUAGACAAAUCCACAAGCUUCGGCUGUUUCGCAUGACAAAUUUGGACGCGUAGUGUAGUGCUGUUUGAGCUAGUUCAGCAGCAUUACAGAUCUAGUCUCUCACGCUGAUUGGAGCAUGACAAAUUUCAAAACACCAUUAGAAAAUGCUUCUCAUGGGGCUCCGCAUGAGAAACAUUUUAAGCAUGCAGAUUUGCAUGACAACUAUGGUGUGGGUACGUUUUUACUCAGGAUAGAAACCGUUCUUGCGUAUUUCUUCGUUGUGUGGCACAACCUAUCCUGUGCAAAAGUAUCGUACUCGUAGUAAUUGCAUUUAUGCAUUACAAAUCCAAUUCUCAAGGUAAAUCAGCAUUACAAAUUGACUUUGUAAUGCUGGGGGAAUUUGUAAUGCAAUUUCUACUACUACGGUACAGUACUUUUGCAGUUCAUACAACCUGGACGUGUUGUGUCAAGCCUUGACCGACUUGUCCCAGCUCCUGCACGACUGGCGAGAGAACAUUCUCCCGCUCGUUAUCGCCCGCGACGAGCAAAAGCAGAACUUCAAGCAGGUGCACUUCUGCAUGAGCUUGCUGGGAAGUUUCGCGGAGAAUCAUGAGGAGGAGGAGGAGGAGACAAUGACGACUCUUCAUUCUCAUUUCGGAUCCGCGACGGGGGAAAGAAGAGGAGUUCACGGAGACGAAGCGGAAGUAGAGGACUUCGACUCCUGCAAAGCACCACCUCCUGCUUCUAUGCGGCCACCUCAGGACGAACAAGCGGUUGCAUUUAAUUCAGACGCGAAACAUCAAGUAGCAUCUACAACUACAAAAACGGUGGCUGGUAAUUCUGCUGACGCUACGGCGCAUGGCCAGAGCAAAAAAGGUACUAGCAACCAAGACGACACGACAAGCACACUGGUCCUUUUUGACCGAAACACAAAUACCGUGAACAGCCACGGGAGCAGUUGCACCAGCAGCCUCCAGCAGCGAUUGGACCGGAACCAAGACAGCGUGAACAGCGCCCUCUCCGCCAGAGCGCUUUUGCGCAAUUUGAAAGCGAAAUCCACGAUUCACGGGCUUGGGAAGUUGGCGCAGAUGAAGCGACGGCGACCGCGCGGCGGGCAUUACCACCACCACAAAUCGAACACGCACACGAUCGGCGGUCUGACGACCCUCGAAACCGCGAGAGCUUUCGAAGCGACAGGGGAGGCAGAGGGAGGAGGAGGAAGUGGUCUGGGUGUCAAUUUCAGGAUGAACGUGGAGUCGGUCGGAGGCGCAUCUUCAACCACGACGAGGGGGUCGUCGUCUUCGAGUACGCAUAACUUAAAUCUGUUUUCUGCGGGGCAGAUGAACAAUCUUAAAUCGAUUUCCAGGAAAGGACUCUCGGACGGAUUGUUUGGCGAGGUGGUGGACGGUGGUGUUGAUGCUGAUCUUGCAACGAUGAACCAGGAAAGAACAUCAAAUGGAACAAAACACAAACAGCACGAAGUUUUCACUACGGAGAAGGUGAACAAGAAUGGUGCAGCAGGACCCCGAGAAGAAGAACCUGAUGAGUCUUCUUUGAAACCACUACACACGGCACCUGUAACAUUUCCCAAAGUUGUGUUGAAGAAGGCGAUAUCUUCCCCCACGUUUUCCCCUACUUGUGCAGGACGGGAGAACAUCAAGACUUCCAACCACGUCACCUUCAACAUCCCAGCAUCACUGAAAACACAGGGCGAACGCGUCCACCGAGGCGAGGUGGAUUCGUUAUGCAGCACCACUAGCGACGAAGGAGGGUCUGGGUCAUGCGACCCACUCUGUUCUCUGGAAAACAAGAAUGCCGGUGACCGAAACAAGCCCACACCAGCCUCGCGCACCAUCGAGCAGAGCUACAGGCUGUUGACCGGGAGAAAGGACAAUUCUUCGACCACGUCUUUUUACAACCGAAAAAGCAACCGCGACACGCCGGAAACGAGGGAAUUGAGGUCGAGGCUGAACGAAAUCAAUCGGCGGGCCGGGGAACACGAAGAACUGCCCAAUGCUUUUGGCAAACGCGGUGGUGGAGGCGGGCAGCAGUUUGGCCGCCGGGAAGAGAACUACAACCGACCCGAUCGCCGGACCAAGAAAGUGGAGUACAGCUGGGAGUUCACGCAUUUUCUCGGUUCGAUGUCGUAUUUACACGACGAGUGGGUGCGGUUCACGCUGCACUUGCUCCAUUUGCUUUUGCCCCGGGAUUGGGACACCGUGUACCAGGUGAAGCUGCGACUGGAAAAAUGCCGAAUUCUCUCGGGGCCGGGAGAGUUGUCUUGAUAUAGAAGUUUAUUGUGUGUAAUCUCUUGAGGCUCUCUCUAGCUCUAGUAGGGUGCACUGAGAUUGUAGAUUCGAUUUCCGAAGGAUUUAAAGUUCACGUCCUUACGGGUCUCCGAUGAAGCUUGUACAUUCUGUAAAAUCUAAUGGCUGCUGUUUAUGUUUUUGAAUGAACUUGAUGUAUCUCAUUAAGGAACACUCUUCUAGAGUCCGCAGAUGUGAACACAUUUUGCCCAUCCCAGAUGUCCAAGGAUGUACCCGCGAUCCCCGCGAAAUCUUUUGUGGCACAUUGACAUUAAUUUAUCGUGGCAGUUGUAAUUCAUGAGCAAACGCUUACACCCCCAAGCUCAACUUCGACAU